UUUCCUUGAAUAGUAGCUGCUAGGUGCUGGUGCUGGCAUAGCGUGGCCAUGCGAACUGCCCUCCUACUCUAUGUUUUGGUCCUUGGGCUAGGGUGGGUCAAAGGCAACCCCUUCGAUCCUAAGAACGCCAUGGACAAACACGACAAUGUUCUAAGGCAGAGCAAAUUAUCAUUUGUCAAAAAUACAGACAGCAGUCGCAAAAGGGAAUUACAAAAUAAAGAAAAGCAGCUUAUAGCCUUUUAUACACAUGCUUUACAUCAAGCACAUAUAAAGUCACAACCAAAAAAUAAAAAGACAAAAUUAGGUUUCAAUUUAGCUGGGUUCGCAAGAGGAAUUCAAUUCUUAGCUGACAUGGUCAGUAUUGUAUCGUCGGACUUUUGGAAGUGGAUACGUACUGUCAGAUAAGGAGUAUAAUCAGAUGACACGGUAACGAGUUUCUUCAAAAAUAGUAUAUGUAAUAUUGUCUUCGGUUACUGCGAUAGUUCCUCAUGAAAUAAAACUAUUGAAUCGGAUCGCGUACAUAUAUUGA